AAAUGGGUGAUAAACUUCGAUUAUCCAUCGGAAUUUUGGGAAACGGAGCCUCCUUGUUGCUCUAUACAGCUCCAAUAUUAACAUUUUCAAGGGUGUUUAAGAAGAAAAGCACAGAGGAAUUCUCAUGUUUUCCUUACGUUAUGACACUCUUCAACUGUUUGAUUUAUACUUGGUACGGUUUACCGAUUGUGAGUCAUCUUUGGGAGAAUCUUCCUCUCGUCACCAUUAAUGGAGUCGGCAUCCUUCUCGAAUCUAUCUUCAUUUUCAUGUAUUUCUGCUAUGCGUCGCCCAAAGAAAAGAUUAAGGUUGGUGUUACACUUGUUCCGGUGAUCGUUGUGUUCGGCUUAACGACAGCAAUCUCAGCCGUGGUAUUUGACGACCACCGCCACCGGAAAUCUUUCGUCGGAAGUGUUGGCCUCGUGGCUUCCAUCUCCAUGUACGGUUCUCCUCUCAUCGUUAUGAAGAAAGUGAUAGAGACAAAAAGUGUGGAAUACAUGCCGUUCUACUUGUCCUUCUUCUCAUUUCUGGCUAGUUCCCUUUGGUUGGCAUAUGGCUUACUCAGCCAUGAUCUCUUUCUUGCGUCACCUAAUAUGGUGGCGACUCCAUUGGGGAUUCUCCAACUUGUCCUCUACUUCAAGUACAAGAAUAAGAAGGAAUUAGCACCAACAACAAUGGUGAUGAGCAGAAGGAAUGAUGAUGAGAAGAACAAAGCCGCACUUGAGCUUGAAGUUGACGUUGAUCGUGAUAGUGAUGCCAAUGAGAAGAAUUCCAACAAUGCAUGUUAGCUUUCAACCUCAUCGAAUUAAUAUCUCGGAUGUGUUUUCCCUAACUUCAGAGAUAUUUUAUGUAAACACCUCAUGUGUUGUGCUUUCAUUACAUAAUGUUACAUCAUCUCUAUAAGUUAUGGUGGUGAUGAUAUUGUUGAUCACGUGAAUAAAAAGGUGGAAAUGCUAUGUUUUCCUCUGUA